AUGAAAGAAAAAGAUGAACAGACAGAGAAUGGAGUUGGAAGAGACGUCCAAGAAGAUGAAUGCAUGACUAGUAAAGCAAGUACAGAAUUAAAGGUUUCAACUUGGCAUGCAUAUAUGGUGGAUCCCAUCUCAUCUUCACACAUGCCAAUCAUGUUCCAGGAGAUAUAUUGUUCUUAUGUGCACCUGCCUCAUUCUUCAAACAAGGAAGAUUCCACAAGUAUCCAUUGA